AUGUUGUGGUCCACUCUGCUUUUGGGUCUCUCUUUCUCACUUCUCGCUCAUUGCGAUGUGACCAAAGACCACGAUGACCGAUUGAAAACUGCUGUCAUCCUUGACACACCUACUACAGGUGCCAGCACUACGCCUGAUGGCCGAGCCUUUCUCAAACUUGCUCGAGUCGACGAUACGACGGGCUCACAAGUUGUCGAAGUUGUCGGGGAUGACUACACCCUGAUCCCAUAUCCAAACGAGGAGUGGAAUUCAUGGAAUGCUAGUACCGACAGCGCUGCCGACUCCGAGCGAAAAUACGUGUCGACAAACGCGCAGCGUGUUGGACCGGAUGGAAAUCUCUGGGUUAUAGACAGCGGUGAUCUUCAAAACUUCUCCAACUCCUCCAAGCUGAUCUUUUUCAACCUUACGACCAACGAGGUCGAACGCAUAUACUACCUUGGCGAUGCCACCACCAAGGACGGUUCCAUCAACGACGUGCGCUUCAACGGCAAGUACGCGUACCUGACCGAGUACACCAUCGGGUCCAUUAUCGUGCUGGACCUGGAGACCGGCGAUGCCCGCAUGGUCCUCCGAGAGCACAAAUCAACCAUGGCUUUGAUGCCGCUAUCAGCGGAAGGUCAUUUCUUGCGCACUCAAUCGACAGGCGAGCUCGAAUACAUCCACGCCGACCAGGAAGAAGUGUCGCCAGAUGGCAAGUACUUCUACUAUCAACCUGCUAUCGGGUACAUGUGGCGCAUCGAAACCAAGUAUCUCAACGACGCGCUAAAAAAUGAUACCACUGCAGAACUACUUCCCAACUACGUCGAGCCGUUCUCGUUGACGCCGAGUACUGGAGGCAGUGCCAUUGAUGCACAAGGUAACAUCUAUUACAGUGACGGUGAUCGCCAGGAGAUCCGCAUUCUGGCGCCAAAUGGAACAACUACCCUGUUGGUGCGGGAUGAGAGAUUGCUUUGGGUUGAUGCAAUCUGGCUCGACACGAAGGAGCGAUUGUGGCUCUGUGCCUCGCAGCUCAACCGCAGCAACCGAUUUUUGCAGCCCAAUAACCAGAGCACGACGAUUGAGAAGCCGAUCUAUGUCUACAACAUUGACGUUGGCCAUAGCCCACCACGUUUGGAUCAUGCUUAG